AAAAGAAUAAAGCGAGCGAGGAUAUUUUGAUUCCGAAACGCCUCUGUUAACUUUAUAAGGAGUCAAGAGUCUGGGAGUUAUGGCUUUGUCUUCUUUUAAACAAUGCAAUAGAAUAUUGCAAGCAGGCUCUUUCAAUAAAUUAUUAUGUAACAGUUUCCACACUUGUAAGCCACAGUAUUUUCAUGAAUCUGGGACAUUGAAUGCCAUGCCAAUGAAGCGGAAAGUCAAGAUAGACCCCAGAAUUAUAUUAGAAAGAGAACAAAAGAAAAAGAAAAAAAUUGAAAAUGAACUUAUGAAGCUUGAAAGAUUGGAGAGAACGUUGAAACCUGUAGACGAGUUUGAUUCUCAAAGAAGAUUGAAACGAGUAGCAAGCGAGAGAACCAGAGAAAAUACAGAAUUAACUAGGGAGGAAAAGUUAAAAAGAUUUCACCUGGAAAAGGAAUGGUGUGUUUACUCCUACAAACAAUACAAAGCUUUGUGUGUUCAGAUCAAUCAAGCUACUAAAUUUGCAGCCGAGGCGCUAGCUGAGCUCCGUAAGGAGUCGGAGGAACUAUAUGUACAAGCUAUCCAGGAAGAUCCAAGCAUCCUCUCCUAUUCUAAAUCAGGACCUACUGAGACACCACCAAUCAAAAAUUAUCAAUUUCCCGACGGAGAAUACAAUGAAGUGACGAAGGUUUGGUGAAUGGAACAGUUACUUUUCUAAGUAAAUUUGUAUGACCAUGCAUUUAUGUAAAUUUGAUAUGAUUUGUAUAUUAAUUAUAUCAAUAAAAAGAUACAUGUAUUUUG